CAGAAGUCAAGGGGGAGGUGGGGGUUGUGCAACAUUUAUUAAGCAAGAAAUUCCUUAUAGGUUGCUGGAAAAGGGAGUGGAUCAGGAGUUUGUUGUGAUGGAAAUAUGGGAAAGGGGGGAGAAAGUAGUCAUAAUUAAUUACUACAACCCAUGUAAGAGGCUUAGUUUGGAAAAGCUAUUAGGGAUUAAAGGGCAAGACAGUAACAAGGUCAUAUGGUGUGCAGACUUCAAUGCUCACAAUACAUUGUGGGGAGGGGCGCAGACAGAUGUGAAUGGUCAGGUAAUUGAAGAUUUGAUGGAUGAAAGGGAUUUGGUGUGUGUAAAUGAUGGAAGAGGGACAAGAGUAAACAUAACAGCAGGUACCGAGUCAGCAUUGGAUAUAACAUUAGUAUCUAACACAAUGGCAGGGGUCAGUAACUGGGGGAUGUGGACAGCUUCAACAAUAGGAAGUGAUCAUUACCCAAUCCUGUGCUCCGUAGGGGAGAGAUUAGAAGUGAGAGCAAAGGUGGGAAUCAGAAAGUGGGUGUUUCAAAAAGCAGACUGGGACCGGUUUCAAAGGCUAUGUGAGGAAUCAAUGAGCAAGACAGAAAUAUUUGGAGACAUUGAUGAAAUAAAUAAACGGGUGACAUCAGCGAUUGUAAGGGCAGCAGAGGGCGCUAUACCCAAAAGUAAGGGCAAAAGGAGUAGGAAGUUGGUACCAUGGUGGACAGAAGAGUGUCAUCUGGCUGUAAGAAACAGGAAUAAAGCAUUCAGACAAGUUAAAAGGACUCAUAACUUGCAGGACUUAGUUCGGUACGAAAAGGCUCAGGCAGUGGUGAGAAAAACAAUACGGCAAGCUAAGAGGGCAUCAUGGAGAAACUUUUGCGAUAGAAUAGGGAGAACAACACCAGUGGGGGAAGUGUGGGGAAUGAUUAAGAAGAUGGGAGGUGAAAGAAGGGAAUGGGAUUAUCCUGUCAUAACAUCUGGAGAGGAGUCAGCAGUAUCCAACAGAGAAAAGGCAGAAGUCAUGGCUAAGGCAUUUGUAAAGGUACAUAGCUCAGAUAAUUUGUCAGAGGAGGGGAGACAGGGGAGGGAGAGAACUAUGGCUCAGUAUCCAGGGUUAUUAAACAAGAGGGCAAGGACAGAUGAUGUGAUCGAUGAGCCAUUUACAUUGGCUGAAAUGGUGAGGGCCAUCAGAAGGUCACGACCAACUUCUCCAGGGAAGGAUCAGGUGUGUUACAGCAUGUUAAAACAUUUGGGGCAAGGAGGGUUAGUGAAGUUGCUGCAGCUGUAUAACAGAGUGUGGGAGGAGGGGAGGUUACCAGAAGCCUGGAAAGAAGCAGUAGUGGUUCCAAUAAGAAAACCUGGCAAGGAUCCAUCCAAACCUACUAGUUACAGACCAAUAUCACUGACAUCAACUGUCUGCAAGGUAAUGGAAAGGAUGAUAACGGAAAGGUUGUCAUAUCAACUUGAAAAGAGGGAACAUUUGGCAGGGUGUCAGAGUGGUUUCAGGAAAGGCAGGAGCACUAUGGACGCAGUGGUUAGAUUAGAGUCGGAAAUAAGGAUGGCCCAGGUAAAUAAAGAAUCGGUAAUAGCAGUGUUUUUUGACAUUGAGAAAGCUUAUGACAUGAUGUGGAAGGAGGGGUUGCUGAUAAAGAUACACAACAUGGGGAUUGGUGGGAGAGUUUUCAAUUGGGUGAAGGAUUUUCUGUUUGGACGAAAAAUACAGGUACGCAUAGGGUCAGAUCUGUCAAACCAGUACGCAGUGGGAAACGGUACACCACAAGGGAGUGUGAUAAGUCCACUGCUCUUUAUUAUCAUGAUAAAUUAUGUAUUUUUAAAAAUUCCAGUGGAUAUAGGGAGAUCGCUCUUUGCGGAUGAUGGGGCAUUAUGGAAAAGAGGAAAGAACAUGGAGCACGCAAUAAAGAAAGUCCAAGGUGCAAUUGACAAAGUGGUAGAGUGGGGGAAUGAAUGGGGGUGCAGGUUCUCAGUAGAGAAAACACAGACACUAUUUUUCACUAGGAAAAGGAUUGAGGAAGGGAUGAAGUUGAGGAUGUAUGGGCACAUGUUAGAAAGGGUUAAAUCAUUUAAAUUUCUGGGUGUUUUGUUUGAUGCACGGCUGACAUGGGCAGAGCACAUCAGGAGAAUUGAAGGAAAGUGUAAGCAAGUAAUUAAUGUAAUGAGGUGUUUGACUGGUAGAGAAUGGGGAGCAAGUUGCUCAGCAUUGAAGCGGUUAUAUGUAGCGCUGAUAAGACCAGUGAUUGAUUAUGGCAGUGUGGCAUAUGGUUCUGCAUCCAAGUCCUUAUUAUGUAAACUGGAUGUGAUUCAAGCACAGGCUCUGAGGGUUUGUAGUGGGGCAGUCAAAACAUCACCAGUUCCUGCUCUACAGGUGGAAGUGGGAGAGAUGCCUUUGGAAAUUAGGAGAAGGCAGAUAAUAGCUAACUACUGGGCUAACUUGCAAGGACACAAUCAGUCUCAUCUGACAAAGGGAGUUUUGCAGGGGUUCUGGGAGGGUGAAAAGAGCCGGAGGCAAAACUUUGCAAAAGAAGCAAAUAACAUUGCAAAAGAAUUUGGAAUACUUAACCUCAAAGUUAGUCCUACGGUAGUCUAUCCAGGUGUGGCCCCAUGGAUGCUAGUGUGGCCUGAGGUUGAUUGGGGUUUAUUAGAGGCUAAGAGGAGGGGGAAAGGCAUGGUUGAUUUGGUUGGUGAGUUUAAGUGUCACAUAUUAACAAAGUACAGCAAUUUUACUUGCAUAUACACAGAUGGGGCAAAACAACCUGAGACAGGGGUGACAGGAUUCGGGGUAACAGUCCCGGAAAGAGGAAUUGGGAUCAACAGAAGAACAUCUAAUAAUCUUUCAGUAUACACAGUGGAAAUGGUGGCGGUUUUGGUUGCACUACAGUGGGUGGAGAAGACUGGUCUAGGAAAGGCAUUAGUGUGUUCAGACUCAUCAUCAGUGCUAGCAAGCCUCAGGUCUUUUCAUUCAAACAGCCGUCAGGACAUCCUAUAUUCAGCUCUUGAGUCACUAACAAGAAUUGUUCACCAGGGGGGUCAGGUAAAGUUUCUGUGGGUACCAGCACAUGUAGGGGUGAGAGGUACAAAAGAGCGUCAGAGGUGGGAGGGUGAGUAGUGGAUACAGGAGGGAGGAGAGUGUGAUGACCAGGUUAAGGUUGGGGCAUAGUGCACUAAAUAAAACACUGAAACUGAUUGGGAAGCACCAGACUGGUUUAUGUGAGGGUUGUCAGGAGGAGGAAGAGUCGGUGGAACAUGUAGUUCUGAGGUGUAGAAGAUAUGAGGUGCAGAGAGGGGAGCUGAUGGAUAGGAUAAAGGAGUUAGGGGUGCAGGAAUUUACACUGAAAGAGUUGCUAAGUAUGGAAGAGAGGGCACAGGUUAGGGCACUGAUGGAUUUUUUAAAGGGGACCGGGGUUUAUAAUAGAAUAUGAUGGUUAGGUAGGGAUAAUGAUAGGAAUAAGGGGUGGUAGUUGGCUUUGGUGUGGAGAGUGCAAGUUAGAGGUUUUUUUUUGUUUGUUUGUUUGUUUAUUUGUUUGUUUGGGUUUUUGUUUGGUCUUUGUAGUGUGUGUUUGUAGAUUUGAUAGUUUGAACUAGGUCGGGUAAAGUCUGUAAGUCUACUGUCUGGUCCACACUCCGGAACAGAAGGUGGCGGUAAUGCACCAAGAAGCUGGAUGCCAACCGCCGUAAAACAAGAAGAAGAAGAGAAGAAGCAAAGAGUCACUAAAACACGGAGACGGAACCGAAAACUCACCGCAGAGCUCCGGGGGCGGAAUGGAAACCGGGUUUAUGGUGUUUUUAAGGAAGUAACUCCAGUUUUAUUAGCGGCUGUUCACUGAAGUUUGGAAGUUUGAGGAGACGUUUUCCUGGUUCCCCUGCAGAAUGUCGUGGUUUUGGGAUCGGCUGGCCAACAAUGAAGCCGACUCUUCCAGGUUCUUUGACAACAGCACCUGCUACAACCCGUCUCAGAACACCGUCCUCUCCGGACUCGAGUUUGGAGGAGUUCCCAUGGUCCUGCUGCUCAACUUCAUCGUCUUCCUGGUGCUGGUGAUCAUCUUCUCCAUCAUCAGGAAGACGUUCUGGGACUACGGACGUUUAGCUCUGGUCGCCGACAAUGAAGGAUUCAACGAGUCGACGCACCGGCGAUAUGGACGCAUGUCGUCGGUUCUGUCCAACGCAGACGACCACGAAUACGAAGGGAGAUUCUGCUCUUGGCUACCGUACAUCCUCAGAAUGGACGAGGAAAAGAUCAAAUCCAGGUGUGGCAUGGACGCCAUCCACUACCUGUCCUUCCAGCGUCAUCUGUUGUUCCUGCUGUUCGUCAUCACCGUCACCUCCUUAGGAGUCAUCCUGCCGGUUAACAUGACCGGAGACCUGCUCAGAAAUCACACGCAGUACUUCGGACAGACGACUCUUGGGAAUCUUGAAGUGGGAAACGACCUGCUGUGGCUGCACACGGUGUUCGCGGUUCUUUACUUGAUCCUGACGGUUCUGCUGCUGCGACGUCACACAUCUCGGAUGAAAGACAGGCGCAGAGAGACGACCAGAAACUCCUUGUUCGUGUGUUCGCUCCCUAAAACAGCGACAGAGGAGGACAUAAAGACUCAUUUCACCGAGGCGUAUCCUACCUGCCAGGUGUGUGAUGUGACGCUGGCCUACGACGUGGCCAAACUCAUGCACCUGGAUAAGGAAAGGUUGCGAGCCGGUAAAAACCUGCGUUACUACGAGCGGAUCCUCGAGAAAACAGAGAAACCAGCGUUGAUCAACCCACGUUUGUGUGGUCACCUCUGCUGCUGCUCCAAUGUAGAAAAGGUUGAUGCCAUCGAGUACUACAGCACCAAAGAGAAGGAGCUGCUGGUGGAAGUGAGGAAACAGGCCGAGGAGGUUCCACAGCACCCUCUGGGGCUCGCCUUCAUCACCCUACAGAACGAAGCUAUGGCCAAGUACAUUUUAAAAGACUUCAACGCUCUCGAAUGCGACAGCACGAGCUGCUGCUCCUGCUGCGGGAGAGAACCUCAACCUUCCACCAACAGCAAAGCUCUGAGGGUGAACAAGUGGCAGGUCAGCUUCGCUCCUCAUCCCAGAAACGUGUACUGGGAAAAUCUGUCCGUUAGCGGUUUUUCCUGGUACGUGCGCUACUUGUUGUUAAACUUGUUACUGGUCGUAGUGCUCACCUUCCUCACAACUCCCACCAUCAUCAUCAACACCAUUGACAGGUUCAACGUGACGAAGCCCAUCGCCUACCUCAAUAGUCCCAUCAUCAGUCAGUUCUUCCCCACGCUGCUGCUGUGGUCCUUCUCUGCCCUGCUGCCCACUAUGGUGUAUUAUUCUACCCUGGGAGAGUCUCACUGGAGCAGGUCCAGCGAGCAGCUGAGCAUGAUGCGAAAGUUGUACUUCUUCCUGCUCUUCAUGGUGCUGAUCCUCCCCUCGCUGGGACUCACCAGUCUUGAUGUCUUUUUCCGCUGGCUGUUUGAUAAAACGUUUCUCACUGAUGGAAAAACGAGGUUUGAGUGUGUGUUCUUACCCAACCAAGGAGCUUUUUUCGUCAACUACGUGAUCGCAGCGGCCCUGGUGGGCUCUGGGAUGGAGUUGCUGCGGUUGCCAGGGUUACUGCUGUACAUCAUUCGUAUGAUGCUCGCUCGCUCUGCUGCAGAGAGAAAAUACGUCAGGCAGAACCAGGCCUAUGAGUUUGAAUACGGAGCGAUGUACGGCUGGACUCUGUGUGUGUUCACCGUCGUCAUGGCCUACAGCAUCAUCUGUCCCGUCAUCGUACCUUUUGGUCUGCUGUACAUGCUGCUCAAACACCUGGUGGACAGACACAACCUGUACUUCGCCUACCUGCCGACUCGUCUCACCCAUCAGGUUCACCUGGGAGCCGUCAACCAGGCUCUGGCUGCUCCCAUCAUCUGCCUCAUUUGGCUCUACUUCUUCUCCGUCCUCAGAGCAGGUUUCUGGAGGUCCACGUCUCUGUUCACUCUGGUGGUUCUCUGCGUCACCGUGUUCUUAUGCCUCGGCUACACCUGCUUCGGACACUUUAAAUACCUCAGUCCUCACAACUAUGCCGUCAAGGAGGAGGACGAGGAUCAAGGAGAGGGAGUGGAAGAAAACUCCACGGUUUACCUCCCCAGAGUCCUGAAUCCUAAAUCCCCUGUCGACAGCCCUCAGAGGUCCAAACCUCAGCGGUCUUACGGUUCUAUGGACGAAAUUCCGGCUCCUGAACCCAGUCCAGUGGAAGAAGAUGCUUCGGAAGCUUGAAUUAAUCCAUUUUGGCUCCCGAUUUUGUUUAAAAAAAAAAAAACAGUCUGAACACCGGUUUCCUCAGACCGGCUUAACUUUUAUCUCUGCCACGACAUUAAAACCACCAAAGGGAACAUCUGGAGACGUUUAGUCCUUCAACACAACUAGAAAUACCGCUUGAGGAACACGACCAAGAGCCCCAAAGUGUUGAUUGAUGACCUGCAGACUUCCCAAAUUGGAUCUAAAGAGGCGCCACUACAGGAAUAAAAAGGAUCCACUGCCAACCUACAUCUCCAGAGGCUCCAUCUUCACGCCUUGGAAAUCUUUUAAUAGUACGAAAACUGAAAGUCUGGACGCCCAGGUAGCUCCAACUGGUUGAGUGGGCGACCCAUAAACAGGAGUUAUAGUCCUAACCCUAACCCUAGAGGAACAUGACCAAGAGCCCCAGAGUGUUGAUUGAUGACUUCCAGACUUCCCAAAAUGGAUGUAAGGAGGCGCCACCACAGGAACCAAAGGAUCCACUGCCAACCUCCAUCUCCAGAUGUUCCAUUGUUGUGCCUUGGAAGGUCUUUUAAUGGAACAAAAAAGUCCCAAAAUAUGAGCGCCCAGUAAACAGGGGCUAUAGUCUUAUAGUUGAACCUAUGGAGACGCCACCAAACUAUCCACGGGAACCAAAGGAUCCACUGCCAACCAUCUCCAGAGGUUCCAUCGUUGUGCCUUGGAAGGUCUUUUAAUGGAACAAAAAAGUCCCAAAAUAUGAGCGCCCAGUAAACAGGGGCUAUAGUCUUAUAGUUGGACCUAUGGAGACGCCACCAAACUAUCCACGGGAACCAAAGGAUCCACUGCCAACCAUCUCCAGAGGUUCCAUCGUUGUGCCUUGGAAGGUCUUUUAAUGGAACAAAAAAGUCCCAAAAUAUGAGCGCCCAGUAAACAGGGGCUAUAGUCUUAUAGUUGGACCUAUGGAGACGCCACCAAACUAUCCACUGGAACCAAAGGAUCCACUGCCAACCAUCUCCAGAGGUUCCAUCGUUGUGCCUUGGAAGGUCUUUUAAUGGAACAAAAAAGUCCCAAAAUAUGAGCGCCCAUUAAACAGGGGCUAUAGUCUUAUAGUCUAGUUGGACCUAUAGAGAUGCCACCAAACUAUCCACAGGAACCAAAGGAUCCACUGCCAACCUCCAUCUCCAGAGGUUUGGUCUUUGUGCCUCAGAGGUCUUUUAAUGGUGUGAAAAAGCCCCAAAUUCCACCUUUUUGUGUCCAUUUUUAUGUAGAAUCCCACAGUUUUGACCGCAAUGAUGACCCCAACUGCCCCAAAACAAAUAGUUACUGGACUGAACUCCAGUUCUAAGUAGGAAAUAGAACAAUGGAGGUUUGUUUUGUUGACCCACAUGUUGAAUUUUACAUUUUUCCAACACGGUUACUGGACCAGAACAAAGAAGAAUGGCAGCUUGACUUUAACCAACUAGCGUCAAGACCUAAACAUGAGUUAUUCAGGAGCUUAAAGACUGGAAACUUCACUAGAAGAGGUUCUAGUAGACGGCUCUUGAAGUCGGAACAUGAAGAAGGAAACAACCCAACAUCAGGCCGGUGGUUUUAAUGUUGUGGCUCUUCAGUUUAAGAGUAAGAAGACAGUUUUCCUUGAUGAUCGGUGAAUGUUUUUUGCACACGAGCAGCAUUAACGGAGCUUUAAUUCUCCAUGUUGAAGCCAAUAAUGAAUGCCACAGAUACCGAAGAGGUGGCAACGUCUGCUGAAGGAACAACUUGACGUAUUUCUGUUGUUUCUAAAAAAAAAAAAAAGCGCUUUUUGUAAUUUGAUAAUAUUAAUUUCUGUCAGUAUUUAAGGAGCUUUGCUACCAAAAGAAGUUUGAUUUUCAUAAUUUUUUGGGGUCGGAUGAUGACAGAAUGUUUAAAGAGGUCAUCUUUUAUGUAAUUUUGCAACUUUUUUAUGUUUGUGCAAUUAACGAGGACCUAAAAGCCUCAGGACUCUUCAAUGUUUGACCAAUAAGAUUGUGUAAAAAAAACUAAAAGUUAGGGAUUGUAGCUGCAACUGAGAAGCUAAUCAACUGUUUAGAAACAUCUGCGGGUGGGUUUCACAGGCACGUUUUGUGUUUUUUUUGUAUGUUUUUCAAAAAAAAAAAAACUUGCCAAAAUUGCUGCAUUUAGAACCAGAACCUGUAAAAUCAGAAAAAUGUUUAGAUUUCCUGCAUUCCAUUGGUCUUUGAACUAAACAUGUGCGAUAUGUAGUUCAUGUAAGAAAAUGAACCAAAUUUAAGCUUAAAAUUUUUAUAUUCACUUAAUUCGAUACAGCUCCUUUAAUAACCCAGAUAUAAACCAUUUGCACCAACCACAUUCUGUAAAAAACUACUUUUUUUGUUAUGUUUUGUGGUUUUUUUGUAUGUGUUUAAAAAAAAAAAAAAACUGCCAAAAUUGCACCAUUUAUCAGAGCCAGAAGCUGUAAAACUAGAAAAAAUCUUUAGAUUUCCAGCUCUCUGAUGGUCCCUGAACUAAACGUGUGACUUUUAGUUCCAUCAGGAAAAUUAAAUUUGGUUAUUUAAUUUAACAAUAUUAAUUUCUAUCAGUAUUAAAGGAGCUUGGCAGCUGAAAGAAGUUUAAUUUUAAUCGUUUUUGGGGUCAGAUGAUGACGGAAUGUUUAAAGAGGUCAACUUUUCUGUAAUUUUGCAGCUUUUUUAUGUCGACUUUGUGAAAUUAUUAACGAGGAACUGAAUGCCGAAGGGUUCUUUGUUCGUUGUUUGACUUUUCUCAGGUUUGCAUUAAAGAGUCUCGUGCAGUUUUAAACUCCUCCAGAAAGGUUGUUGGGUUGUUGUGACGCCGUCCGGUCAUUGGGGGGCGCUGUUGAGCUGCAGAGGGACGAGUCUAACCUCUGGAAUAUGCAGGACUUCUAAGUGAUCGUGACACUGGAAUGAGUCUCUCCACCGCCGGCUCCUCCUCCUCACCUGAUCCUCUUAUUGCCUCCUUUUGUUGCCCUCCUGCCCUUUCUCACCACGGUACCUGCCCCGGCUCUGGAACACCAAAAUAAAGGAGUUAGUUAAAUGUG